AUGACUGUCACCAACAAGAGCCUUCACUCCAGCCGCCGGAAGUCGCGCGCUGCGCACUUCGGCGCUCCUUCCAGCGAGCGCCGCGUCAAGAUGAGUGCUCACCUGAGCAAGGAGCUCCAGGAGAAGUACAAUGUCCGCUCUAUUCCUCUCCGCAAGGACGAUGAGGUCCUCAUUGCCCGCGGUAGCCAGAAGGGUCAGGCCGGUAAGAUCACCAGCGUCUACCGUCUGAAGUACGUCAUCCACGUCGAGCGUGUUGUCCGCGAGAAGGGCAACGGCCAGAGCGUUCCCAUCCCCCUCGCCGCCUCCUCCGUCAUUAUCACCAAGCUCCACCUCGACAAGGACCGUGAGCAGAUUCUCGCACGGAUCGCCAAGGGUCGUGAGGCCGUCCAGGCUAAGAAGCUUUAA